AGAAGGUCAUAGCUGUCAUUUGGGACUUUCGGCUUUUUCAUGUUUGUGACAACAACUGAAGCUGAACUCCCAAGAGUCCUAAAUAUCUAAUGGAGGGGGCUUCAAGUUCGGAAAGACAAGCUCACCUGCGGUUAGUUGAUGCGUUUCUGUACACUUUUACAAGUUGAACUCCAAUGCGAGACUCAUUCUUUUGAUUGCAUAAAACAUGAAUUUAGUCGUAUUCCUUUUUAUACAUGGACAAAACCAUAGUAGCUGAGACUUGCAAACUUGGUGACCAGAGCACCAGUGACACUAUCAUAUGCUUGAAAAAUAGAGAAGGAAGACCUGAAUGUUUCUACUGUCACUCCUCCAUCCUCAUAAAUAGGAGCAAAUUCUUUGCCAGUCAGCUAUCCCAUCCAGGCUCUAGCACUUGCAUUGAUAUUCACUGCUCAGAGUUUGACUAUGAUGACCAUGUUAAUCUUUUGAGGCUGCUGUAUCUCUCUCGAGACUCGAUUCUGGAGUCCUUGGGCUCUGUUAGAUCUGCAAUUGGUAUUCUGCAAGCGGCUGUCGCCUUGCAUUGUGAAGAAAUCGCAAAGAGCUGCAUCCAAUACUUGGAGGCGGUUCCUUGGGAGGACAAGGAAGAGGAACAAAUUUUGAAAGCAGUCACUAAAUUGGGUCCAAUAGCCAUGCCCAUAUUAGCCAGGAUCCAACCUGCUGAAUUAAGUGCCACAAAAAAUGUUUUUGUUUCUGCAGUUCGCUUCGCCAUGUCCAUUGGCGGAUCAUAUCCUCCCUUUGGAGAUGAGCUCAAGACUUCUGCUCAAGAACAAGUUGAAUACAUGCUGGCAGAAGAUGAAGAUACGCCAUUAGUUACAGCAGAUCAUGAAGUAAAAUCAGUAGUAAGAGUUGGUCUUUCCAAGCUUUGUUCUUCAUUUGAAAAUGAGUUGUCCUCCCUGCUUUCGGAGUCUGACCUUGCAUGUGAGACAGCAGAGGAUAAAAUUUUGCAGACCUUAUCAGAUAUUGAGUGGAUGUGUAACAUACUUCCCAAGAUGGACUUAAUGAAGGACUUUGUGUCAAAGUGGGCUGAAAUCUCUGCUAGUGUUUUGGGGAUCAUGGAAGACAAGAAACUUGAUUUUAUUUUGUGGGGUUUGAAAGUAAAGUUGAUAGAAGUGACUGUUAAAGUCUUGGAAGCAGUUGGCUAUGGCAAUGUGAUUGUUCCGGCACCGUGCCGGGUGCAGCUGCUAAAGACAUGGCUCCCUUAUAUAAGAAAGAUGAAGCCUCUCUUGGAUUCAAAGGGCAAUGAAGAGACCAGUUUUCCUUACAAGAUGAAUGAAGACCUGUGUCAGAGCAUCGAGGGUGCAAUAGUCUCAUUGAUUCUGGCAUUGCCAUCAAAUGAUCAGGCUGAUAUUCUGGCAGACUGGAUGAAAACCCAGCAACUUCUUCGGUUUCCCGACUUGACGGAGGCUUUUGAGGUCUGGUGUUACAGAACCAAGUCUGCAAAGAGAAGAUUAGUGCAGGGCUUAGACAGUGUUACCAAUGCCACUGUUAGCCUUUGAAUUCUCUCUGCAGCGUUUUGUGCUGUAAUUUGUUUAUGAAAUGGGAUGGAUGGUGAUGAUUCUAUUCUUGUAUUUUGACAGAAUUACGCUCUAUUUGAAAUUUUUUAUUUUGUUCA